UGGGUCGGGUCGCCUUCCGGGCUGCACGAGGUUAGCGGGGAGACCCUUGGGGGCGCUGUGCAGCCGCCUGCUGGUGGCGCCUCAUCUCUGGGUCCUGCACCCAAGGAGCAAUUCCUUUCCGCCCUGGUGGUGGGAAACCUAUCAGUCCUACUGUGGCCCUGCGAGGCUCUGGCCACUGUCCGGAGGGGCGUUGUGUCUGUCCAGUGAGACCCUCCAAAGGUCCUUUCUAGGAUGAAUGUGAUUUGGAGAAACUGUAUUUGUCGUCUGCGGCAAGGAAAGGUGCCACACAGAUACCAGAGUGGUGUCCACCCAGUGGCCCCUCUGGGGUCAAGGAUUUUAACUGAUCCAGCCAAAGUUUUUGAGCACAACAUGUGGGACCACAUGCAGUGGUCUAAAGAAGAAGAAGCAGCAGCUAGAAAAAAAGUAGAGGAAAACUCAACCACACGAGUUGCUCCAGAAGAACAAGUUAAGUUUGAAAAUGAUGCUAACAAAUACUGGGACACAUUUUACCAGACUCAUAAGAAUAAGUUUUUCAAGGAUCGUAACUGGCUGUUGAGGGAAUUUCCUGAAAUUCUUCCAGUUGAUCAAAACACUAAAGAGAAAAUGGAAGAAUCAUCCUGGGAUCAAGUCAGAAGCAACUUCUCAAGAAUGCAGGGAACAGAAACCCAUUGUAGAAAGAGCUGUGUCUCGUCAGACCCACUGAGCAAAGGAAGGUCUAACUUUUCCAACCUGAACUCGGAAGAACACAACACAGGGCUUGGAAAGACAGAGCACUUUCCUGGUAGCAAUGCCACUUUCCGAAUACUGGAGGUUGGCUGCGGUGCUGGAAAUAGUGUUUUUCCAAUCCUGAACACCUUGCAGAACAUUCCAGGAUCCUUUCUUUAUUGCUGUGAUUUUGCCCCUGAAGCUGUGGAGCUUGUAAAGUCACAUGCGUCCUACAGUGAGGCCCACUGUUCUGCCUUUGUUCACGAUGUGUGCGAUGACGGCUUAGCCUACCCUUUUCCAGAUGGGAUCCUAGAUGUCAUUCUCCUUGUCUUUGUGCUCUCUUCUAUUCACCCUGACAGGAUGCAAGCUGUUGUCCACCGACUGUCCAGGUUGCUGAAGCCUGGAGGAAUGUUAUUAUUUCGGGAUCAUGGAAGAUAUGAUAAUGCUCAGCUUCGCUUUAAGAAAGGGCGUUGUUUAUCUGAAAAUUUUUAUGUCCGAGGAGAUGGUACCAGAGCCUAUUUCUUUACAAAAGGGGAAAUCCACCAUAUGUUCUGUGAGGCCGGAUUACAUGAAAAGCAAAAUCUGGUUGAUCAUCGCUUGCAAGUUAACAGGAAAAAACAAGUGGCAAUGCACCGAGUGUGGGUUCAAGGAAAAUUCCAGAAACCAUUGCACUGGACUCAAAGGAGCUGAAAUUAGCAAUCUCCUUUCUCACAACAGAGCUAUGUAUCAUGUUAAGGUAUGAAACCAAGGUGUGAUGUUGUUCAAAGUCUUCUUUCCAAAGACAGCAAGAAGAAGAGCAUCCGUGGCCCUGCUGCUCUGCUGUCUGAGCUCCUUGGACAUUUUAAGUAUACGGAAGUGACUUGAAAGAUCAUCCCACCCACCCUCUGUGUUUUCAGAACUUGAAAUAUGUUUGUUUGGUUUUGUUUCAUCUAACCAUGUUCCCUUGAAUUUUAUGGUUUUGAAUUAAAUUACUGAUAGUUUUGAGAAAUGUAACCUGUCCAUUUUUUUAGAAAUAAGAAAAACUAUCUACUUUACUAUUGGGCAUAGGAAGGCAUUCCCAAACAGUGGAACUGCUCUCUCUCAUCACGCAGUAGCAGAGGCUCAGCGUGCCUUGUUUUAGGGGAACUUACAAGCCCAGGAUGAAGGUUUAUUGGGGUUUUUUAUUUGUUUUUUGUGGGAGGGUUGUUGGUUUUGUUUGGUUUGAUUUUCAAAACAGGGUUUCUCUGUGUAGCUCUGGCUGUCCUGGAACUUGCUCUGUAGACCAGGCUAGCCUUGAACUCACAGAGAUCUUCCUGCCUGUACCUCUCCAGUGCUAAGAUUAAAGGUGCGAGCCACCACCACCCAGCUAAAAAGUUUAUUGUUUUUGUUUCAUUCUAAUCUAUUUUCUCCAACCCCCCUUUUCUAUCCCCUCCCUUUCCUAAUGUCUGAAAUAUAAUUUUAGUUUCUCUUCCUUUCCAAAAAUGGGGAACUGUGGCCUUUGUUAAAUCCCUUUCUGGCUAUUCUUAAAUGUGCAGAUCAUCAGGCUGUAGUGGUUGGUUUUCAUGCCAACUUGACAUAGGCUACACUCUCCUGGGAAGGCAGAUUGUCAGCUGCCUGUGAGUAUUAAUUACGUUAAUUGAUGUGGGAAGAUCUGCCUACUGUGGGCAGUACCAUUCCCUGGGUUUUAGAUCCUGAACUGAGUAGGAAGUGAAAAACUGAGCUGAGCCCUGGCAUGUCUGUGCUCAUUCUCUCUCUGCUCUUGACUAUGUAUGUGACCAGCUCCUUCGUGUUCCUGACUUCCCUGCUGUAACCUGGUGGACUGUAAUCUGAACUUGUGAGCUAAAAUAAACCCAUUCUCCCCUAA